GUACGGAGUCGUGGGAACCGCGCAUGCGCACACCGCCUGGAAGUUAAGCCAAUGACUCCAGAGCUUGCAUCUCUCCAGACGCAGGAGCUAGACAACGAGACCGCGCAGAGGAGGGGGGAGGAAGAUCGCUCUGCACAACCCAGCACGCUAUUGAUUUGUUGGAGGCUAAAGAAGGGAAGAAAAGAUGUUUGGCUUUCACAAACCGAAGAUGUACCGGAGCUUAGAAGGUUGCUGCAUUUGCAGAGCAAAGUCUUCCAGUUCUCGCUUCACUGACAGCAAGCGUUAUGAAAAGGACUUCCAGAACUGCUUUGGUCUGCACGAGGCCCGCUCAGGAGAUAUUUGCAACGCUUGUGUGCUUCUGGUGAAAAGAUGGAAAAAACUGCCAGCAGGAUCAAAAAAGAACUGGAAUCAUGUGGUGGAUGCAAGAGCUGGACCGAGUCUUAAGACGACAUUGAAGCCAAAGAAGAUGAAAACCCUUUCUGGCAGCAGGCUGAAGAGCAAUCAGAUAAGCAAGCUGCAGAAAGAGUUGAAGAGACACAACUCUGAUGCCCACAGCACUACUUCAAGUGCCUCUCCAGCCCAGUCACCCUGCUAUAGCAAUCAGUCUGAUGAUGGCUCAGACACUGAGAUGACCGCUGGCUCCAGCCGCCCUCAUGUCUUCUCCUUCUUAGAUCCCAUUUACUGGAAAAGGCAAAAAAUUUGCUGUGGAAUUAUUUACACAGGCCGCUUUGGAGAAGUUGUUAUAGAUGCUCACCUCUUCAAACCCUGCUGUAGCAAUAAGAAGUCCACAACUGAGAAGCCGGAGCCACAAGGCCCCCAGUCUCCAACCAUCUCCAACCAGGAAGAGUGGUGACUUCCACAGCAGUCGGUGUAAAAAAGAACCUCUUUUUCUCUCUGGAAAGGCUUGAAAGUGAUUUUCUCUUCACUUUAGAAGCCUGCUAUGCUGCCAAAAGACUCCCCCCCCCC